AUGGAAGCUCUUGCCCAAGAAGUUCGCAGACUGGUCGAAGCUGGUGAUGAAAAGACUCGCAAAGAUGUCUUGGAUGCCCUACAGAAGCUGAGUGUCUCAAUUGAGACUCCGGACGACACUGUGCAGCGACUUACAUUCUACAACAUGCAACUGGCCGGCAUCCGUAUUGGCAUUGACCUGAAGCUCUUCGAGCUAUUGCUUGAGGGUCCCCUUACUGUGGAUGAGCUGAGCCAGAAGACGGGAGCCAAUUCGGUCUUCCUUGCUCGUCUCUUGCGCUACUUGGCAUCUUAUUAUGCAGUCGAGGAAGUCUCUAAAGAUACCUUCACUGCAUCGGGUAUUUCGAAGACAUUUUCCGUGUCUGGCCAUCAAGCUGCGGUUGGUCAUAUGUGGAACAACUGCGGUCAGAUUAUUCAAGUGCUUCCUAGUUGGCUCAAGGAGAACAAUUAUCCUGAUAUUCAGGACAAUGUCAAAACUCCCUUCCAAAAAGCUCUCAACACCGAUGUACCUGCUUUUAUCUAUAUGCAGCAAAAUCCUGAAGCUCUAGGCUAUUUUGUUGAGCAUAUGAUGGCUAACCGCGCCGGUAUGCCUACUUUUCUGGACGCCUAUCCAGUCUUGGAAAAGGCUACCGGCCUAAGCCCUGAAAGAGCCCUGUUCGUUGAUAUUGGAGGUGGCUUGGGACACCAAGCGAUUAGCUUCAAGCAGCGCUACCCCCAGCUUGAGGGCCGAGUGAUCGUCCAGGACCUUGCCCAAACUCUAGCUCACGCUAUUGAGUUCCCUGGGGUGGAGAAACAGGUGUAUGACUUCUUCACACCCCAGGUUGUGAAAGGUGCCAAAUUCUACUAUCUGCGGAACAUCUUCCAUGACUGGCCCGACCAUAAAGUCCUAGAGAUUAUCAAAAACACAAUCGAGGCCAUGGCACCGGACUCAUUGCUCUUGAUUGACGAGAUGGUACUGCCCAACACCGGGGUUCACUGGCAGCAGGCGCAAUUGGAUAUGUUGAUGAUGGCUACCCUAGGUGCCCGGGAACGUACGGAGGAACAGUGGUAUCGUCUGGCAGAAGAGGCUGGGCUGUCUAUCAACAAAGUCUACACCUAUACGGUGAGCUUGCGGGAUAGUAUCAUUGAGGCUGUGCCCAAGGCCUAG